UUUAAAAUUUAAGUAAGUUAAUAUGAUUUUUUAAAUCUUUGUUAUAUUACGAGGAGACAAUUGUUUUGAUAAAACUCAAGGUUUUACGCAAUAUGAACUGGAAUAUAUUGUUAAACAACAAUUAUAAUUCAGGACACACAUAUCGUUAGUUAAUCAGUUUUAAAGUCAGUUAUACAUUUAGUAACUUAACGUUUAUCGUGUAUCAAUUGUGAAUAUUUACGUGGUUGUUUCUGUAUACCUUGUGAAAAGUAAGAUCUAAGCAUAAAGAUUAUGACUAGCCCGGUGUCGCCUACAAUAGAACUCGAGAAUGUUGACACUGAGACAAUAUCUAAACCCUUCACAGAAAGUGGGAAAUGUAAAGAUGAAGUCACGUUAACAUUUGACGAUGGACAAGUACUCUUUGUGUCACAAAAUUUCUUAAUUUUGGCGUCGCCGGUGUUUGAAGCGAUGUUCCGUGGGGAUUUCAAGGAAAAACAAACGAGGAAUGUUGACCUGAAAGGAAAGAAAUAUGACGGAUUUUUAAAGUUUCUAAUGUGCAUUCACCCUGGAACGACAACAACUGUUAACAGAGACAAUGUUCUGGACAUAAUACCUAUUGCUCAAGAAUAUCAGGUUAGACGUAUUGUAUACCAAUGUAAACUAUGCAUGAAACAGUGGCUCAACGAUGAACUUGAGACAGCACGAAAGAGGUAUUAUAUUGGGGAUUAUGUGAAACCGGCUCGAAACUGCCUAUAUAUCCUAAAGACAGCUGUAAUGGUAAAUUACAGUGAAUUAGUUACACUUGGUGUUGAAAUAGUAUCUAAAUUUGGGCAUCGGAUAUAUCUUGGGUUACAUAAACCAAGUUUCAUCACCGAAAAAGAUAUGUUCAGUGAAUGUACCGAGGUCUUCAAAAGUUUACCAGCUGAUGUAAAGUAUGACGUACUUGCUCGGAGAUUGGCUCUUUAUCCUGAUAAUAACUUCAAAGUGGUAGAGUCAGUACAAUUGGGAAAACAAGUCUCACAAUCCGGUAACUAAUCCCGCCACCGCUCUCACUCCUUAUCCCUUUCCACUCAGAGAUUUGCCAGACCAUCUAUCUAGGACGUGAAUUGUUCAACAACCCAGGGCCUCAAAAACGUGAAUAAGUUCAAUCACAACGUCCUUAAAAGCGGACGUACAAUAAAAACGUAAUAAUGGUUUAGAAAGAUUUGUUUUAAUUAAACUUAGUGCUCAAUUUAGCGCAUCUGUGUUUUAAAUUCUGUCCACUAAGAAUGUUGUCAUUAUCAGUUGUUUUUGUUGGUGUUAUGUUUGAUAGUGAAAAGCUUCUAACCAUUUGACUGUCCUAACAUUUUAUUUUUAAAACCUACUUUACACAUAACAUUAAAACAAACAUGCUUUCAAUUAAAAUAUAGAAAAAUGCCAAACAUUUGAAAAGUGCAUGUACUUAUUGAAACAGUCAUAUAGUUAUUUAAGUAGUGAUGAUGAUGGUGGUCAAUUACCCUCAUAAUUAGUACAAUAAACUACUCACAUUUUACAUUUUAACGAGAUGAUUUUUUAUUGAAUGGAGAAGAUUAUAUUGAUAAUUAUAGCAUAAAAUCGGCUUUUAUCCCCGCUUUUGCCCAUGUUUUAACGGGACCCAAACCAUGUGUUAACAGAGUCAUGCGCUCUUGUUAUAGCCCGCUUUUUAGACUGAUUGCUGGCGGCAUCCAUUUUUGCGUAUCUGAUUGUAGUGAACGAAUGUCAUUUAAAGCGUAAAAUCAUUAGGAGCAGUCUACAAAAAUUGUUUUGCGCAUGCUCCGUUUCAAAAUAAGACUUAGCUUAAACGAAAAAUUAACAUCGAAGUGAACAAAUCGGUACAUAGAAAAAUCGG